CUUGCCUUUCCCCACUCCAGCUCGUUGCACCCCCACCACCCAAUGCACCCCGCCGUCACCUCCAGGGUUCAACCUUCUGCGCAAGCAAGCAAGCAACAGCUCUCUCUCUCUCUCUCUCUCUCUCUCUCUAUCUGUCUCUCUCAGCCUGUGAUGAUGGGCCCACCGUCGUCAUCGGUGUAGAAGAGACACGAGAAAAAAGCAUGUGAGCCUGCUCAGCCAGCCGCCAGCUAGGCUUCAGCUCAGCAUCCAGGCUCAGCCAUUGCAUCUUGCGUUGGCCUGCACGAGCAGAGAGACCUUGCAGGGACAGCAUCCCGGCACAGCCGAGCUUGCCUGCUUGCUUUAGCGAGGCCCACGAUAUGCACGAGCUCAACCUCGACCUCAUUCUGUUUGGGAAAAUCCCAUGAUCUUGGACAGGUCUCCAUGCUGACUGCAGCAGACCAACAGCAAUCUUCACCACGCCAUUCCAACUCUUGUUCCUAGCGCAUACGACCUAGUACUUACGGACGACUCCUCUUUUCCUGCCUGGCCUUUUUGCUACCAACACCACGCCGCGGUACCAGUCUACCGAGUACCACCAACCCACACCAGGCAUCCAUCCAUCCCUCGGGCCAACACGAUAAAUCGCCCUGGCCCCCACACCACCUACCCCCCUUUCUCUGCCCACUGGCACGCCUCCUCCCGAACACGACACCCAACCCGCCUGCCUACAAGACGGAAGCAUGCCGACCACCCCGUCCAACCCGAGCUCGAGCAGCGUCUUCCUCCCGUCGCCAAAUGCGAUCCCGCCACGCACCUCCUCCACAGGCCAACACGCCACCAGCUCCUCCCUCCUAGCAGCAGCCGCCGCCUCGCCCUCCUCGAGAGCCUCCAUCCUCCGCCCCGUCCCCGAGGCCGACUGGAUCGGCUCCGGCACCCCGCCCUACCACCACCGCUCCCCGCCCACCGCCGCCUCCUCCUCCUCCUCCUCCCCCUCCGCCGCAAAGCGCCCGCGCCGCUCCUCGCUCCCCUCGACCUCCAUCCUCGCCAACAUGUCCCAGAGGCCCCCGCCCCCGCCCGACCCCUCGCGCUACGCCCACGACGACUUCAACUUCAUCGGCGGGCCCAAGUCCUGGGCCCCCGACAAGGACCGCGUCAUCCUGGGGCCCUACGAGUACCUCAACGAGCAGCGCGGCAAGGACUUCCGCUCCCAGCUCAUCGCCGCCUUCAACGCCUGGCUCGACGUGCCCCCCGCCAGCAUCGAGGUCAUCACCAAGGUCGUCGGCAUGCUCCACACCGCCUCCCUGCUCAUCGACGACGUCGAGGACAACAGCCUGCUGCGCCGCGGCCUCCCCGUCGCCCACGCCCUCUACGGCGUCCCCCAGACCAUCAACUCGGCAAACUACGUCUACUUCUGCGCCCUCGAGGAGCUGCAGAAGCUCGGCAACCCCACCUGCGUCGCCGUCUUCGCCGACGAGCUGCUCAACCUCCACCGCGGCCAGGGCAUGGACCUCUUCUGGCGCGACACCCUCACCUGCCCCACCGAGGACGAGUACCUCGAGAUGGUCGGCAACAAGACCGGCGGCCUCUUCAGGCUGGGGAUAAAGCUCAUGCAGGCCGAGAGCCCGCGGUGUAGGGCGUCGUCAUCCCCCUCCGCCGCGCAGCCCCCGAUCGACUGCGUCCCCCUCAUCAACCUCAUCGGCCUCAUCUUCCAGAUCCGCGACGACUACCAGAACCUGCGGUCCCCAGAGUACAGCGACAACAAGGGGCUGGCGGAGGACCUGACCGAAGGGAAAUUCAGCUUCCCCGUCAUCCACGCCGUGCGCGCCGACCCGGCCGACCUGCGCCUGCUCAACAUCCUGCGCCAGCGCACCGCCGACGACGAGGUCAAGCGCUACGCCGUCGCGCACAUGGAGGCCGCGGGGUCGUUCGCGUACACCCGCGCCGUGCUCGAGGUCCUCAUCGCGCGGGCGCGCCGCGUCGCCGAGGACAUCGAGCGGGUCGUUGCUUCCACCGCUGCUGCCGAGGGGGGUGAUGGCGGGGUGGCGCGCAACAAGGGCAUCGGGGCUAUCCUUGACAAGAUGGUCAUCGGGGGCGCGGGGGAGAUGCACUUCCCCGCCAAGAAGAACUAGCUGGGCGGGUUCCGGGUGUGGCGGGGGGUGUUGAUGUGUUGAGUGAGGUGUUAUAAUAUGUCUCGCCGUGUGUGUGUGUGUGUGUGAAUGUGAUCACGGGGAAAGGCUGGUUCCGGCGGCGUUGAACGGGCCUGAGCUGUCUGUUGCCUACGGCAUACUGCUUGCCACACAUAUCUGCGCCUUCUCAGUACUUAUUUUUUUGAAUCUUAUAAUGAUAUCCCCCCUUGUACACACAUAUAUAUCCAUCCAUUGCGCACGUGGCAAGUCCGGUAUGCGAGGGGAAGAUGAACAACCAAAUGUGAAUUCGAAGAGGGGGGGAGGGGACAUGAUGUAUGUGUCCUCUCUCUCUCAUCACCUCUGCCUCCUGGGUCUUUAAUGUCCUUGUGGCCCGCCCGACUUCACCAUCAUCUGUCUAUCCCCCGCCGCCCCCGGCGCCGGGGGCCACAAACACCUGAGCAAGCAGACGGGCAUAAUGGCGAGUAGACCGGUGAUGCAUAAUACAGUUGACAGAUAGAUAGAUACCUAGAUACGAUACGCGCCUUGCACCGCCCGGCAGAGCCCGGAGUGAGGAUGUUCGUCCGAAAUUUGCCCCUUCGCCCCUCCCCCCCCCCCCCCCACAACACCACCUCCGAAACAAGACAUACAUACAUAUUUAUCUGACAGGACAUCCCAACGCCGAAUAAUCACGUGGCAAGGAUAGCACGCAGGCAGGCAGACAGGCAGACAGGCAGACAGACAAGGAAAACAAACGGUGUAGGUAUCGUUAGCAGUGAGCUGCAGAGGGAUAUAGAUGCAUACACACACACACAUACCUGUAUAUAUAGCUACUAGUAGACAAUAACCUAAUGAC